AUGCGCGCCGGCGCCGCGUCCGCGGCUCGCUGGGCGAGGUGCAGAAAUGCACACUGCUCGCUUUGGGCGCGCAACCUGAAUGCGAAUCUCCAAUUCCAUCGUGGACUGGCAGCCGCCCCUUUGCUGCGCCUGGCCGCAGAGCCGAUGCCCAUCUCCGGUUUUGUGGAGCAGCGCAGCUGCGGUGCCUCCCUGGUCAGCAACCUCUGCGCUUCGGGGGAGGAGGCGGACAGCUUGGACGGUGGCGUUGCAGCGGCCCAGGCUAUUGCAGUCAUUCUGGAUGGCGUUGCAAAGCUCGACGGAAGCAUAAGCAGCCGCUUCGCAGAAAUGUUAGAUACAUCCGUACUAAUCAUGUACAAAUGCUGCGGCGGCUUGUCACACAACAUAGUCUCAAGCGGCUGA